AUGCACUUCUCCACCCUCGUUGCCGUUGCUGCUUCUCUGGUCUCGGUCGCCGUCGCCACCGCCUCCCCCAGCCUGCUGCCGUUCCAAGAUGCUGCCGUCCUCGCCAAGCGUGCGCGUGAUCGGAGCCCCGAGGCCAUAAUAUGCCACAAGACCUGCGGGAACACCAUCCUUGGGGCCAGCAAGGAGGGCCACUGCAAGGAUAACGCCUGGGGGGAGCUUCAGAAGAAAUGUGACGAGUGUGCUCCCAAAUACGAUAACAUUGCCGAGGAUUACCACGACAAGCUCCAAGAGGCUCUCGCGCCCUGCGGUCUCAAGGCCCCGCCCACUUCUGCCGGCGGUGAGCAGCCGUCCAGCGCUGCUCCCUCGUCUGUCGCAGUCCCGCCCACGUCUACUACCCAUGUCCGGCCCACGUCUGCCAGUCAGGAGAGCACCGCCGCCGUGGUUAGCCCAGCCUCGACUGGCCUCAGCAGUCUUGUUUCGUCUGCGAACAGCGCUGUUGUCUCAGCCACCUCUACAUCCGUCAUCGGUGGCACCCGGGCCAACGCAAGCACCACCGCCCGUUCCUCCAGCGCAAGCAACGACGCUCGGAGCUCACAUGCGGUCGCGUUCGUCCCUCUGGUCGCGACAUUUGCCGUCUUGUUUGCGGCCGCCAUGCUCUGA